ACUGAAAAGGACCUCUGUCACCGUCUAUUCUGGUGAUCAGUCUAGCCGAAUGUCUAACAACGAGGGUACGAAGACAGCGUCUUGAAAAAAAUGACCGUUUCUCAAGCUCCGAAACAUUCCGCCAUGCAUCUAAUCGCCCUCAUCCAAGAUGGCUGAAACAGAGUCAGUGUCUGGUCUAGCUGCCGGAAAUGUAUGCGCCUCUAUGGUCCAAAAGGCUCUUUCGCGUUGCGAUUUUGACGAGUUCCGGCGGCUCCUCUCGCGGGGGUUGGCUGUUGGCGGCGUUGCGGCUGAGCUCGUGUGCGGCGGUGGUAUCGGUAGCGGCUGCAGCGGAAGAGUUUGGCACGAUGUCUCACACCAUUUUGCUGGUACAGCCUACCAAGAGGCCAGAAGGCAGAACUUAUGCUGACUAUGAAUCUGUGAAUGAAUGCAUGGAAGUAAACCAUUAGACAAGAACUCAUAGAUGGGAUCUUCACAAAUUGGGUUCAUCUUUAUGUUUAACCAUAUUAAGUAAAUCAGUUGUGUACCCCAUACACCCUUCUAGUAAAUUGUCCAUUGUUUCUCCCUAUAAAAAUUUUAUGACACUUUGUUCUUACUACGGGGCAUGUUGCUGAAUCUGUUGACUAUUGAAAAAUAACUGAGUUAGACUUUUAAAGUCUAUUUAAAACUAACAGUGAGUAGACCUGUGGAAAAAAACUUAGUAGUAGAUAGCUUCAAGAGAGCUGGCCCUUUUCUUUCUGGAUGCCAAUGGAUUUGCUCUAAUUUUUAACUCUUCGGGAUAUAUGAUCACCCUCCCACAUUUUCCACCUCCCGGGUUUCUUGAGACACUACUUUUCCCACUGAAAGUAUUUGCUGCCCCCCAAUGGGGAUUUGUGUAAUGGUGAAAAACGAAAGAAACAUUCAUUGGUGCAAAAUAGCUGGGGUAGAGGGCUUAAAUAUGAGGUAGUGUGACUGGGUAAAAUUUUUGUCUCGCCCUGCAAACACCUUUUUAACUCAGUCCUGAAGUCACUCCUGAGGUUCACCCUUCAGCCAAAGAUUAGACAGACCCGUGAAACAAAUAAUACAUGUAGCUCAACCGUG